UAACAUCCUAGGAAAAGUGUGUUAUUAAGUUUUAUCUCUGAUGGUAGUACUUUGACAGCUGUGGUGUUUUGUUUAUGUUUGGGUCAGUUGUGUGAGGUGUGGGUGCUUGUCGUUGAAGUUAAUGAUUUGUUGUUAAUUGUAUGUUUGAAUAUGGCUAUGUGUAUGGGUGUGUCGUGUAGGCAUGUGUCAGUAAGUUAUUGGUGUACGAGUCCAGUCAGUUGAUGUAGUAAAGGGGGAGACAUCAGCUGUGAUUUUAUUUAAUAACACACCUGACACUGAUUCUGGAACAGAUGGAAAAUAAUUGCGGUGAUCGGUAACACAGGGUGGAGUUCGUAUCUAAGGUGCAAAUCCUAUGGGGCUGUUGCUUCUCCAUUGUGCGUGUUUUUUUGCUUAUUCUUGGUAGAGAAAAUUACCCUGCAAUGUGAGUGUUGCAAUGGAUAACAUGGGAGAAAAUGAUUCUCUGAUAAUAAAAGAGUAUUUGUCACUAAAUGGACAGUGCUUGGGGGAAACCAGUACUAGUUCGGGGGAAUCAUGUAAUAAUGUUGUUGAAUGGUGGAACGAAAGCGGUUCAGACACAGUUUCAAGUGCAAGUUCAUAUUCUGAUUCCGAAUAUGAUGGGUCGUUAUUGGAAUGGGAAACUGAGAUAAAUGCAAAAGGGGAAGUUUUCUUUGUGGAAUCUCUGUGCACAUCAGAAAGUGGUAAUAGUACCUCCUUGACCAUGGUGACAAAAUCAGAUACUAGAGAGAGUAUUCCACAACACGCAACUCGACGGAGUACCAAAAGUAAACUUGCUCGAUUGAUUAAGCAUCGAAGUAGUAAGCGGCUCAGACAGCAGAGUGCAAAAAUCUCAUCAUCUUUGCCAUCUACCCCCAGAGAAGUAACUGUUACACAAGAAUAUUCCAACAGCAAAGUGACAUUCCAGGACUGGCAGCAAGGAGAGAUUCGAGAGGUGACAAUCCCAGUGAAUGGAAGAAUGGUCCACAAUCUUGGACGACGUGCCACUUUGUCUGAAAUGUUACUGGGUUUAACGACUAGUAAAUUUGGUGAUGGCACUCGAGUUAUGGUUGCUGGAUUCAUCCCAAAUGGUGAAGCCGCCAAACACUGUGGUAUUAAAAUUGGUGACUGGUUACAGAGUAUUAAUGGUCAGGAGGUCAGUGGGCAAACACUUGAUGCAGUUCUGUCAGCAGUGAAGCCCCCUUGUGAGGUCACUUUAAUACUCCAACGUAUAGCAGGUUACGAAGUCACAAUAGAUGAAUAUCAGGAUAACCAGAGAAAGGGUCGGAGGCAGUCAGAGUUAGUGCGCCGGCUAACAGGAGUAGAUCCUCCUCCACCACUUAUUGGGCAUCCAGUAGCUGUGCUUUACAUGUCUGUAACAAAUGAGAUGGACUCGAGACCAGAAGACACUGACAGAAGUCAUGCACUGAUCUAUUGUUUCCCUGCACAAUCAUCUCCUUCACAACAGGAUACAUUCGUUGCAGCCCGGGGUGCCUUCAUUACUCUGUGUCACCUUUUCCCAAAUGCUGGUGCCUCGACACCUACCAGUUCCAGUGUUAUGGUCAAUGAUGAACUGGUACACAUUUUGUAUUCACCACACAAUGAUGGACUAUUGCUGCUGGCUGUGCCUGAUAGUAGGUGUCCAUUGUGGGAAGCACACCAGCUUCUGGCAGAUAUUAUUCGUAACCUUGAAUUUUGUUAUAAGACAGUGCCUAGAGCUUUCUCAGAUGAAGCUAAUCUUCAGGCCUUGGAUGAUUUCUUCGCACUGUUCUUCAUGCGCAUUCUCACCGGUGGAAAGUGGCCAGCUGAGAGGGCUUCCCCAAUGUUGCAGGAUGAAAAUCCAUGCAUGAUUUCAGCAAAAUUUGAAGAACUGCUUACUGUAGCACAUUGGUUGACGGUGCCUCAUCAUAUACAGGUCCAGAUAGACAACUUGCUGAGUCAUAUGGAAGCCAAUGAUUUUGGAGAUAUGAAUGAAGAUUUUGACCACCAGCAGAGACUAUAUACAAUCAUAGGAUCAUGCUAUUAUCACAAGGGACACUUACUUACGUGGCACAUAGAGCAGUGUAUACUGGUCCACAUUCACACAUUUUUACGACAGCAUUGCUUGCUGGAACUCAACCAUAGAGAAGCAGUGCUUUCACUUCUGGUGUGGAGGGAAGUCUUCUUACCAAUAACAGCACCUCCUGGAGCUCGUCAUUUCCUUUUAUGUGCAGGACAGGGUCAUGACUUACUUGUGGUCUUGCUUGAAUCAGGAGGCUGUGCUGUGACGGCAAUGGAAAAAACAGGCCCAGAUGUGUGCUAUGUGGAAAUGGCCCAGGAAGUACUACAUUCCAUCCAGAAGACUGGCAUUUCUUUAGUUGCUUCCAAAUGGUUAUCUGCAAAUUGCCGUCCACAAAUUACAACACCAGAUGUAUUGCUGUCUAAUAAAGCCUCUCGAAAAGGAGAGAACUUCCUUGGUUUUGUCAAGCAGCUAGAUUCUUUGACACCAACAAAAGCAUCAUCAGUAACAGGUAACAGUUUUGUAUUAUCGAAGAAGCAGCCAGAAGUUACAUCGAUCUUAAAAAGGCGAAGCAGUCCAGACAAAGGUUAUGGGUACAUGUCUUCAGGUGUGUCACUACAAGGCUCUACAUCAGAAGACUCAGCUAGUCAGGCAACAAGUGUCAUGAGUGAAAUGAGUGAUGAGUCAGCUCCCAUUUUGGGUCGGAGAGCUGAAAGAGAACGUAUAACAAGACAUGGCAGUGUAGACAGAUUUUCUGAAUCACCUUCAGAACAAUCAGAAGAGUCGGAAUCUGACUGGGAGGAACAUGUCACUGAGGGCAGUCCUUAUGAUCCAACAUCAUUUGGAAAACCUGUAGCAUUGGACAUGGAUGAUAUCAUACCAUCAAAACUAACUACAGGAGAUGAUAAUGUGUUGUUCCAUUAUGUUGAUCUUAACAUCUGUGAAGGUGUUCUCUUAUCGCCAUCAGUUUUCAGUGAACAAAUGCAAUCUCAAAAGAUGCAGGAGAUUCUCACAAACUUUAAACUCAGCAGCCAAGCUAUCCACAAACUUCUACAAAACACUGUUUCAUUCAAGAAACUCAUGAAUCAGGAAAUAAACAAGGCCAUCAUAAACAAAGCAUUGGUUGCUAUUAAAGAAUGUGGCAUGUUGUUUGAGAUGAACAUGCAGCAGUCACAAAAUGGAAGAAAAUCAGCAUCCACAGUGACAUACUGGGUUGUAGGGAGGCUGUUUUUCACUCCUCAUCCCCGAGAAGUUUAUGUGUGUUAUCAAGACUGUGCAUCACAGAACAUGGUGGAAAUUGCAUUCAGACUUGCACUUAGUGCUGCUGGUUGAAUUGUGUGUGAAUAGGGGUACAUUGUACCAGCUACUGAUCCACGGAAGUGCCUUACACAUAUUUAAAACCAACACUUUUACAAUUACUCAAAGGAUUACAUUUCAUGAAUGUUAUAUGUAAAUAUAGGCUGUUUUGUGUAAAAAAAAUUAUAAGCAUUUUCAGUAUAAAAAAUAGUUACACUCCAGAGUGCCUCUAAUGUUUGUUUCCAAAUGCGUACAUGUAAAUUCAAUUUGCAGAAAUUUGGAGACAUUGGGCUGCAGAAAGUUUUGUAAAACCCACAUUUCUCAAUAGAUAAGAAAUUAGCAUGUCUUCUGUAUGCAACAAACUGAUAAUAUGAUUAUUAUUGUGAUGUAAGACUCAUUGCCAACAUGCCACAUAUUUAAUGCAGUUAAUAAUAAGUAUAGCUGCCAACAAGUUGCCUGAUUCACUGACUGGAAAUGUCACUGUGGAGAUCCUUGAUUUCAGGACGUCCAUGAAGAUGAGAUGUAUAGAAAGUAUUUAUUAUGAACAAGAAGCAUGUUAAGCACAGACAGAAAAACUCUUGAAAUAUAUGCCAGUGGAUGUAAGUAAUGUAAUAAGGCUGUCCAUAGAAUGACAAAUCUGUGGAGGGUUGUAUGUAGAACUCAGAAGUCUUUGUCCAGUCCACAUACCAAGUGGAGGAACAAUGUCAAGAAUAAAAGUGAGCUCUCUGUGAAAACUGGACAUACAAUACAUUGAAAUUCUAAAUGCUGAUAUCACAUAUAAAAGUCAUUUCUGAAUACAAAAAAAAAAAAGUAUUUCCACAUGUUCUCACAUUUUUGCAGCUAUUUGUAA